CUGGAUUUAUUUAUAAGACGUGCAGUUCAGGGUUUGGCACAUUUCUACUUCGGCGAUGUCUCUCCAAACAAAAGCGCUGGUCACCGCCAAAUGGCUCUCCGAGGCCAUGAAAACGCGCUCCCGUGUGAAGGUGCGCGUCCUGGACGCGUCCUGGUAUUUGCCCAAACUCAGGCGCAACUCCGCGAGCGACUUCAAGAAGUACCACAUACCCGGAGCGACGUAUUUCGACUUGGACCGAUGCAGCGACCGGACCUCACCUCUUGAUCACAUGCUUCCGACGCCCGACGCGUUCGCCGAGUACGUCUCGGGCCUCGGGGUGUCUAACGACGCUCACGUGGUGGUCUACGACGCGAGCGAGCAGGGCGCGUUUUCCGCGCCGCGCGUCUGGUGGAUGUUCCGCGUGUUUGGUCACCGCGCCGUGUCCGUGCUGGAUGGUGGCUUAAAGAGCUGGAUGCAUGAUGGAUUCCCGCUGACGGAGAAGCGCAUAAAGCCUGAACCUGCGGAUUACCGGGUCACGUUUAACCGGUCCUGGGUGAAAACAUACGAGGACAUUUUGGACAAUAUCGAGACCAAAGAGUUUCAGGUGGUAGAUGCGCGACCUGGAGGAAGAUUUAGAGGAAGAGACCCUGAGCCCAGAGACAACACUGAACCCGGCCAUAUCCCUGGUUCCAUCAACAUACCUUUUACAUCUUUGUUGGCACCCUCAGGACUGUUUCUUCCCCCGGAUCAGCUAAGGGCACUGUUUGAUCAGGCUGGUGUCAAUCUGCAGUGUCCACUAUGUGUCACCUGCGGCUCAGCGGUGACGGCGUGUCACGUCGCCUUGGCAGCCCAUGUAUGUGGCCAGCCGAACGUGAGCAUAUAUGACGGUGGCUGGUCUGAGUUUUAUGCACGUGCGGCCCCUGAGGACGUCAUCUCAGAGGGACGAGGGAAACACUUGUGACAAGCUUGAAAUAGAGAGGAAGAAAGCACAGACGAUCAUAAACUUUUUAGUACAAACGUAAAAUGAAUUUCUUGCUCAGGAGAUCUCGCAGCUGCUUUUUAAAAACAAUCUCACAAACUGGCUAGUUAGUUUGCUAGCUAGCUAACAUUACACGUAGCUAGCAGUGUUAACAAUAUUUCUUGCAGUCUGUCUAGAUUUACAUAAAUAACCCGUGUUUUAUACUAGUUUUUAAUAUUCCCUUGUUGACUUUGCUCACACAGUUAGCUAUAAAUUUUCUGCAGAGGCGGAGAGUAUAAGGAGGAGUCGAUUUGUGAAAAACACUAAACCUUUUGACACAACAAACAACAUUUGUUGUGGAAAAUCGGUGUAAUUUUUCGUUUAAUUUUGCCUUUCGAAGUAGAUAGGAUGCUCGAAUAGAUAGUAGACUGGCUAGUUAGUUUGCUAACUAUCUUGAAUUGCAAUGAACACUCAAUUUGUUUAGCAAUAUGUCUAGAAAUGCAGAACUAUCCACUGAGUUAAUACUUGAUUCGAUUAUACUUGAUUGAUAUUUUCUCACCUUUAAUUUACCAGAGGGAAGGAGGGUAUAACAGGGGGUUUUAUAAUGUUAAGUGUAUCAUAUUGUUUUGGAUAUAAUUUAUUUAUAUUAAUUAUAUAGGAUUCUAAUCUAGAAAUGUAGUUUGCUAACUGGUUAUCAUAGCAUUAAACUAACAUUUUAAUUUGCUAUACCUUUUGUUGAUUUUUUUUUUUUUAAUCCAAAUGAUUAAUGCAACAUGAUACCCAAGAGCAUAAUAGGUAUUGUGUUAAAAUGAGUUAAUUAGUUAGCCUAGAUAGAUAGCAUUACAGAAUCGAAGCAGGUUUCCAACUAGCAAGUAGGAGAAAGUAAUAAACAAAUGUAUUGUAGCAAAAUACAUAGUCUAUUGUUUAAUUAUUAAGAAUGUAUAGCUACAGUUUACACACAUUUUCUACAAACCCAAAAAGGGUCACAAAACCUCCUGAGUAAUUUCUGGAGAGAGAAAUGUUAAGAGGAGGCUGUUAAAGUGUGUUUAAAACAUUAUUGUAACAAAUCCAAAGAUCUUAUCCUGUAGGUGUCCCAUUGCCUGAAUGACCUUCAAACUGGACUUAAAGAAUCAGAGUUCACUCUAACUUAUCUGUCCUUAUCUUUCAUUCCCCCUCUCUCUUUUUUUUUAACUUGAUUUUCAUUGCUGUGUGAUUAAAUUAAACAGCCUUUGUUCUUAAACCAUUAAGUUACUUGUACAACCGAGCUGCAUUGAUUAAACAGCAAGUUAGUAAAUUGUAUGGUAUGUCCGAAUUGAAUGAAAUCCUUCUCUAAAAAAAUCUCAGCAGUGAUUUAUUUGUAUUUUUUUAACUUGGAGACCAUUUAUAUAAAAGCCCAAGUAUAUUCA